GUAAAAAACAACUAACUGUGAAAAUAGUUUAUAAUGUAGAGACUAUUGUAAAAUGAUGAAGUGUGUGUUGAUGUUCUGAAGAUUUGAUUCAUAAAGGCGCAAUUUCAAGGAAACAAUUCAUCGACAGCUGAUAAACUGUAAAACUACUUCAUAAAGUAGAAGUUAAACAAGACGGUGUUGUCGCUUCAUAGAAAGAAAUUUGAUAGUUGUAAAAUGACCUUGUUGACAAAGAAGAUCUUUCGCAACAUUAGACCAGUAUUGUCGAAGUUCACAUCUGUACUGAUUUUGGCGGCUGUUGUGGUCGGGUUGGUUGUAUUUCAAAGCCGCACUAACUUCCAAGGCCAUAUAUUGUCGCAGAUACAUUCAAGUGGAUUUUCCGCCGUCGGGAAACAGCGGUUUAAUAAAUUCACUAACAAUGAACCAAAGUUAACAAAAUGGAAAGAAAAUAACUCCCAAGCAACUGGGAAAGCUGUCCAAUCCCCAAGUCCGACAUCUAUUCGUCGUGUGGUUGGUAUUACAAACAUAGUAAUAAAUAAGCUUGCGUCCAAGAAUAAAAAGACUACAACUACGACCAAAGUAACACCUAUUGGCACAUCUGUUACGUCGAACACUAAAAACACUAAACCUAGUGUUACACCUACUAGGAUUGUUAAACACACGGCGACAAUUGCACACAGCGUUAGAACGAGUUCACAUGCUAACGUUAAAAAGAAAACGUAUGUUUGUAAGCAAAAUAGUGCUGGUCUUGGAAACAAAAUAUAUAUGUUUGCCGCUUCCUACGGAACCGCAAGACGGAAAAAUAUGGCGUUAGUGAUGAAAAACGAUGCAACGUUGAGGGCAACUUUUAACAUAGAGGGAGCCUAUAAUACAAAUUGGACCUUGUGCAAGAACGCUACAACCAUUAGUGAACCUUCAUGUUGUCGUGCGUGGCCAAAUAUUUAUAACGUUUCAAACGAAAAGACAGUUAUAUUGGGUGGAUACCUUCAAAGUUAUAAAUAUUUUGAUGACCACAGGGACGAAGUCCGUAGAUAUUUGAUAUUUAGAAAUAACGUCCUAAACGAAGCAAAUAAUAAAUUAAACGAUCUAUUUAAAAAGCGAUAUCCCGGUCAAAAUAAAGAGAAGCGGACUUUAAUAGGUGUACAUAUUCGACGUGGGGACUAUUUAUCAUCCAAUAGUAUAAAGUUUGGUUACGUCACGGCACCAAAGGAAUACAUUUUCCGUGCGCAGAAAUACAUGGAGACUCAAUAUUCUAAUAUAACUUACUUUGUUUGCUCAAAUGACCUCGCGUGGACAAAUGAUGUGUUCAAAGGUCAAACAGACGCUAUUAUAGUUCCUAUAGGACCAGCUCACGUGGAUCUUGCUCUUCUCUCGCUCAUGGAUCACAUGAUCAUGACUGUUGGAACAUAUGGAUUCUGGGCGUCGUGGUUUGUGAAUGGUACGACUAUUUACCUUAGAGAGUUUGCUAAACCUGGUUCGGUAUACAGUAAACUAUUUGAUAAAGACCAUUUCGAUACCAUCCCUGCAUCUUGGAUUGGUUUAUAAUUAUACAGUCGCUCGUGGUUGCUUUGAGGGUUGAGUAUAACUAUAGUUUUCCUGGGGGUUGUUUUCCGGAAUCUUCCCCCUGAUGUGUGUAUGUCAUUCUAUUUAGUAGUGAUAUUCCACGGAGACCUAAGACGUUACGGGGGGGGGGGGGGCGAAUGGUUAGCACGUGCGCGCUGUAUCAUACGGUCUGCCAUUGAGUCAACUGGCGUGGUUUCGAUUCCCCGGUUGUACGUGACAAGGAGUAGCGUCUCCUGUUCAACCUCCGGUUUCCUCCCACUGCUAAAGACCCCUACGCGCAAGCGAAUUAUUGAAAUAAAAUUGAACCAUUCGUUAGUCCCGAAAUGACCUAGUUUGUGUCGAGUGGACGUUAACCCCCUCUCUCUCUCUAUCUCUCUCUCUCUCUCUCUUUCGCUCUCUCUCUCUCUCUCCCAUAAGACGUUACCAAAUGUUACAGCGAUUCUAUAUACUCUUAAGGUCAAGGACGUGCAUAGAACUAAUGUGAAUGAACUGCAGACUAACAUAAAUCAUUCUGAGACUAACAUAUAAUUGUUAUAUUUUACUCUCGUUACCUGUCAAACGGGAUGUUUUUGCUUACCCCUUUUCAUACUCACAAACCUCUUAGAUGUGAAGCUCACCAUAUUACCCACUCCCGGAUAGAAAUUAGAAAAAAAUAUUCUUCAUUUCCAUGUACAAAAUCCAACAACGAUAUAAGGAUCCGGUAUUUCCCUUGGUCUCAUUUUACAAAGGGCGUGUAAGUCUUCUUGUAUCUGUACCUACCCUUAUGAAGCAGGUCCCAUAUCAGGAAUAUAAGGGUUAUCUUCCCCUGCGAUCUUUCACGAAUACAUUUGGUUAGUCUAAAAAUGAAAUGUAAAAUGUAAAACAUGUCGACGGCUGAAUCAUGAUAUUAAUGCGGGUCCAAAUGGGCUGAUUGUAAUUGAUCAAUAAAAUGAAU